AUGAGCCACGAGGAGGCCGUACAGUCCGCACCGCUGCACGUGACCAAUGAGGACUGGAGGAUACUCCGCGAUAGGUUUUUGUCUGAUUCUUUUCAAAGAAAAGUUAAAGUGAACCACGUAGCUGGUUCAAAGUCAUUUGUACGACUUCGUCACGACAUGCGAGAUUCCGUUACUGGCCAAGAGCCCGGACCAGUAGACUUCUACAAAGGGACUCACUAUCGGCAGGCGACGGGAUCUUGGGUACAUCCUAAAGCCAACGAGAUUUGGGAGGAGAUGGACACCUUACGCAGUCAGCCUACUCCCGAUGGUACUCAGCAGAGUGAGCCAGAGAUCCUGAGUGAGGUGUUUGGCACCCGUUCUGGAUAUGUCCGUGGGUUUGGCCAUGGUGCCAAGCUCAUGGCACCCGCCAGAGCUGCCUCUAGCCGAUCCAUCGUCGUUGGCGACAGCGCCGUACGCCGAGCUGAUACCGCAGAGAGGGAGCUUCAGCAGCUACGGGUCGUCGUCGAUGACAUCAAAGAUCAGCUGGAUAAGCAAAGGGAGGAACAGGAGAGGAAGAUGAUGGAUCAACUAGCGAAGCAGAGGGAGGAGCAAGAGAUGAGAAUAAAGGAGGAGCUGGCGAGGCAAAGGGAGGAGCAGGAGAGGAGGAUGGAGGAGGAGAUGACGAGCAGCGAAAAUUCUCGCUGCUAA